CAACGAUUUCCCAUCAAAAUUUAAUGAAAAAAAAUUAUGAAAAAAUAAAAUUAAAUGGAGAAUGAAAAUAAAGAAAAAUGUCCCAGAAAUCAAACGCUCCAAUUACUACAGCUCAACGAUGCCAAGUCCAUUGGCUGUGAGCUGUGGAAUCGGGAUUUGGCCAAAUGCCGCAGUUGUCUCACGACCUUUUGCCAAAAACCCAUUAAGGUUUACCAUAAUUCCCGGAAUUAUUUGGCCUGCAGUGUCAAGAGGUCACUGUCCGAAAACUCCACAAGGUCAUUGCCAGCAAUUGGCGAAACAUGUGCUCCCAAGUGCAAAAACUCUUCAAAAAACACCUUAAGGAAGUUUGUUAAGUCCGAAUCUUCGAAUUUUCGACCCAAGGCAAUAAAGCUUUCUGUACUAAAAGAAAAUAAUAAAUACAGAAAACUUCACGGCGCCAAUCCACUUAAAAUGGAUAAAGAACUAUCUCUUUACGCACAAGAGUGGGCCAAUCACCUGGCUUGUAGAAAUCUUCUGGAAACUCGACCUUUACCCCUUUAUGGCGAGAACAUAAUGUCUGUGCGCAGACCACUUUUCAGUGUGGAACGAAUAAUAAAACUCUGGUACCAGGAGAAGUACAAUUACGAUUAUUUGAAGCCAGGUUUUAAUCUAUACACUGGACAUUUUACUCAGAUGGUUUGGGGUGAAACAAAGUACCUGGGAGUUGGCGUAGCUACGAAUAAUUUUUGCAUUUGGAUUGUGUGCAAUUAUAAUCCACCUGGAAAUAUAGGCGGACAUUUCCGCGAGAACGUCUUGCCAAGAAAACUUAUUCUUAUCGAAUCGGAUUCGGAGGCAGAAUCCCAGGAAAUUAUAAAGAGCAAAAAGCGUGUAAAAAUUUAAAAAAGCUAUUAACACAUUUUGUUAUUGUUUAAAUAUUAUGUAAA